AUGAUUGGCGAAGACCCAUACACGCUAGGUCUCUUUGACACGGCGGGUCAGGAAGACUACGACCGCCUGCGUCCGCUCUCGUACCCCCAGACCGACGUAUUCCUUGUGUGCUUCUCCGUGACGUCGCCGGCCUCGUACGAAAACGUGCGCGAAAAGUGGUUCCCUGAAGUGCACCACCACUGCCCUGGCGUGCCAUCGCUUAUCGUGGGCACCCAGGUGGAUUUGCGUGAUGAUCCCGCUGUCAUCGAGAAGCUUGCUCGGCAGAAGCUGCGUCCCAUCACGGCCGAGAUGGGCGAGCGCCUCGCCCGCGAGCUUGGCGCCGUCAAAUACGUGGAGUGCUCGGCUCUCACGCAGAAGGGCUUGAAGAACGUCUUUGAUGAGGCCAUUGUGGCUGCUCUGGAGCCGCCCGUGGUUCGGAAAAAGGUAGGUGCCUUUGUCUCACGCCAGUCGAAAUGCGCGAUUCUCUAA